CUGAUAUUCACCACCAAAAGCCAGCAACGCUCUUGCUCACUUGCCGAUUCACUUGCGCUCGCUCGAUUUCACACACACACAAAAACGCUACUCCCAUCACAACAUACAAACACACAAAACUGAUCAUGGAAAAGAAAAUGGAUUCUCUUGUUCAAGCUUUAGACACCGAGACCAUGUUACUUUUGUUGAUAUUCCCUCUAGCCUUCCUAUUUCUUCUAUCAAGAUUUCGAAGUAAACCCCAUCCACCAGGGCCGAGAGGGUUGCCUUUGAUCGGCAACAUGAUGAUGGUAAACCAGCUAUCUCACAGGGGACUGGCAAAGCUUGCCCACCAAUACGGCGGCCUUUGUCGUCUAAAAAUGGGCUUUCUAAACAUGGUAGCGGUGUCCAGCCCCGAAGCAGCCCGGCAAGUGCUUCAGGUUCAAGACAACAUAUUCUCAAACCGUCCGGCGACUAUAGCCAUCAGUUAUCUAACUUAUGAUCGGGCUGACAUGGCCUUUGCUCACUACGGCCCGUUCUGGCGCCAGAUGCGAAAGCUUUGCGUGAUGAAGCUGUUUAGCCGCAGAAGAGCCGAGUCGUGGGACUCUGUAAGAGAUGAAGUGGAUGACAUGAUCAAAUAUGCAGCUUCCAACACUGGCUCAGCAAUUAACCUUGGUGAAUUGGUAUUCGGGCUUACCCGAAAUAUCAUUUAUCGGGCAGCUUUCGGGUCGAGCUGCAGUGAGGGCCAAGAUGAGUUCAUCCAGAUUUUGCAAGAAUUUUCCAGGCUCUUUGGUGCUUUUAAUCUGGCAGAUUUUAUCCCUUGGCUAUACUGGCUCGAUUUACAAGGCUUAAACAAGAGGAUAGUUAAGGCUCGGGCUUCGCUUGAUGGAUUCAUUGACUCUAUCAUCGAUGAUCACAUCGAGGCAAAGAAUAAAAGGAAUGGUUUAGCUGUUGAAGGAGACAGCGAUAUGGUGGAUGAACUAUUGGCUUUUUACAGUGAGGAGGCCAAAGUCAGUGAAUCAGAAGAUUUGCAGAACUCAAUCAAGCUUACCAGGGAUCACAUUAAAGCCAUCAUCAUGGACGUAAUGUUCGGUGGAACAGAAACGGUCGCGUCUGCAAUCGAAUGGGCCAUGGCCGAACUAAUGAAGAGUCCGGAGGACCUCAAGAAAGUCCAGCAAGAGCUGAAGGACGUGGUUGGCCUCCACCGGAAAGUCGAAGAAAGUGACUUGGAUAAAUUAACCUACUUCAAAUGCUGCCAAAAAGAAGUCCUCAGACUCCACCCUCCUAUCCCUCUCCUCCUCCACGAGACCGCCGAAAAUGCCGAGGUGGCCGGGUACCAAAUUCCGGCUAAGUCCCGGGUUAUGAUCAAUGCAUGGGCGAUUGGACGUGACAAGGAUUCAUGGGAAGAUGCUGACAAGUUUAAGCCCUCCAGAUUCUUGAAAGAUGGGGUGCCGGAUUAUAAGGGGAGCAACUUCGAGUUCAUCCCGUUCGGGUCCGGCCGGAGGUCUUGUCCGGGGAUGCAACUGGGGCUUUAUGCACUGGACAUGGCUGUGGCUCAUAUGCUUCACUGUUUUACGUGGGAGUUGCCUGAUGGGAUGAAGCCCAGCGAGCUUGACAUGGACGACGUGUUCGGACUCACUGCUCCGAGGGCGACUCGCCUCGUGGCCGUGCCUACUCCGCGUCUGCUUUGUCCUCUCUAUUAGAGAAGGCUGAGUACUCGUGAUUGGCACAGGGGGAACAGGGUGGUUUUCUUCAACUUCUUCUUCCUUUUCUUUCUUUCUUUUUUUUUUUUUUGUCAAAAUGAUAUUAUUAUAUGUUUGAGAGAGAAAUAAUCGACUGCAAGGUCGAUGAAUGAGAGGUUGGGUAGACUUGAAUUGUAUCAUUGUAUGUCGAUAUUUGAAACUCUAAUUUUCAUUUGUUUCUAUGUGCAAAAUUUGGCUCUAAAUUUCUCUUGGUA